AUGGUCUCUUAUGUUUUCAGACCAUUUGUUAAUGCCCCAAAUGUGAAUGCUGAUAUGGAAAACAAAAUAGUUAGUGAGGGUGAGGUACCAAAUGAAAAAGCUCAACGAUUUUAUGAUGAAUUGAUUUCUGCAAACCAUCCGAUUUAUGAGGGAGCUUCUGAAUCCAGACUAUCUAUUUCAGUUAAGAUGUUGGCUGCCAUGUCUAAUUGGCAUGUUCCUCAAAAGGCCAUGAAUUUUUUCUCCCAAAUGCUAAUCGAUGUUUGUCCAACUAAAGGAUGCUUACCUGAAAACUAUUACAAAGUGAAGAAGUUGGUGUCUAAGUUAGGAUUAGAGGUUGAGAAAAUUGAUUGUUGUGUGAAUGGAUGCUUAUUAUAUUUUAAAGAAGAUAGCACUUUAACUCAAUGUAGAGUUUGUGGAGCUGCUAGGUAUGUUCCUCGAAAGUGUGGAAUGGGAAAAUACAAAGAUGUGGCAGUGAAGAGAAUGUUCUAUUUUCCAAUCAUUCCUAGGUUACAACGACUUUUUGCUUCAAAGGAAUCUGCAUCUCAAAUGAGAUGGCAUCGUGAGAACCCCAGUGAUCCAAAUGUUUUACGUCACCCAUCUGAUGGAAAAGCAUGGAAACACUUCGAUGAAGUUUAUCCCGAUUAUGCUAGUGACCCGAGAAAUGUAAGAUUGGGUUUAUGUACAGACGGGUUUACCCCUUACAUUCAAGCCUCUAGUACUCCAUAUUCAUGUUGGCUGGUAAUAGUCACACCCUACAAUCUCCCACCCGAAAUGUGCAUGACCAAACCAUACAUGUUUUUGACUUGUCUUGUACCUGGACCGUACAAUCCGAAAGCUAAAAUAGAUGUCUACUUGCAACCUUUGAUUGAUGAUUUGCAGCGCUUGUGGAGAGAUGGCAUUGUGACAUAUGAUAUCUCUAUGCAACAAAAUUUUGUAAUGAGAGCGCAUUUAAUGUGGACAAUCAAUGAUUUUCCAGCAUAUGGUAUGUUGUCUGGAUGGGGGACACAAGGUAGAUUAGCAUGCCCUUAUUGCAUGGACAGUACAGAUGCUUUCACCUUAGGAUAUGGUGGAAAAAGUUGUUGGUUUGAUUGUCAUCGUAGGUUUUUACCAAUGGAUCAUCCGUUUAGGAAAAGUAAAAAGAGAUUUAUAAAAAACAUGAUUAAGAAAAAAAACCACCAUACAUGUUUACUGGCCAUGAUGUCUGGGAAGCAGUUCGUGAUUUUCCAAAAGUUACAGAUAGUGAUUGGGCCACCAAAUUUCCAGGGUAUGGGAAACAACAUAAUUGGAUCAAAAUAA